GCUAUGAGUGCACUUUUUAAUAUCUUUACAAUACCAUGUUGCAGAUAUGCUAAUUUGCAAGGAAUAUGCAAGGAAAGGCUGCUUGAAUAAUGUCGCAAAGAGCAUUCAUUCAGUCUUUGUGUCUAAUUUAUGACAUUCCCGAGUUUCAGCUGCUAUACCAUAUGCAUACUCAAUUUUAAUCGCUCCUAGUAUUUUUCACUUCAAUGAUGACUAGACACUAAAGAGUGGUCCUACUUCAGGAGCUAAUGUAAGAUGUAAUAAAUAAUUUUUACCUUUGCUUUUUCAUGCAGUUCAGUUUAGAAAAGUAAGAAGAGUGCCUAAUAUUAAGAAUAUAUGGUAGUUCCUCUUUUCAUAGCUGUGAUUAGUGGAGCCAAUAAAUUGGAAAGUUCGAUGUUUCUUUAUCUAAGAAGAGCCAUUCUCACAAGCAAGAGUUUUAGGGAUAAAAAUGUUGCAAAAAAUUUCUGACCCAACAGAAUGUGCUCUCUCAUACCCCAGAACAUGUUAAAUAAAAAGAAUGUGGUUCAUGGAAUACUACAUGUAUGCUAAUCGGUAUCUAGGUACGGAUACAUGUUUUAAUAAUUUAUUGUCCUUAAUCUUUCAUGUCGCUACAUUAAUGUGUCAUUGCACUGUUUCAUUCAUCUAUGAAAAGAUUUCUUAUGGAACAGUUUGUAUCUAUGUCAAUGUGUUAUCCAUGUGUAGAAGCCCACUUUUAUUACCUUGUUUAUGUUGCCAUGCCAUAAAGAUAACAAAGUGGUUGCCGGGUUAAUAGAAAGAGAGGAUAGCUGCAUGUGGGACUGCCCUGUGUGCCUCCAUAUCUUGCUUCCAUGGGAGUGGUGAAUGUGCUAUUGAGUUCUUGAUUCUGUGGUAUUGCAGAGAAACAGGAUGAAGUUUUGGAACCAGCUGUAUCUGCUACUAUGGAAAAACUUUGUAAUACAUCGACGACAAAAGGUGCGCGUGUGUAUAGAAAUAGUAUGGCCACUCAUCCUCUUCUUCAUCCUCAUGUGGGUCCGUACUCGAGGACUCCGUAUUUACAUUCACGAGUGCCAUUUCGAUGCCAAGGCCAUGCCUUCUGCCGGCCUGCUGCCAUUUGUCCAGUCAACGGUGUGCACUCUCAACAACACCUGCCACAGAGAGGCAGCCACUCAGAGCAGUGCCGAGCAGCAGUACAACACAUCGCUAAUUAUUCGGUUGGUCAGUGAUGUGAAUCAUAUCGUAAAUGAACAUUUAACGAAUGAAGACACAGUAAACAGUAUCAAGCGGUUAUCCCGUGACUUGGAAACCCUCUCUUCAUUUGUAAAGAAGCUCACAAGUGCCCAGUUUCCGUUGUCUGGAAGGGUUGCCUUCGAGGAUGUUCUGAAGAAUGAUGAGAACACAAGGCACGGUUUCGAAAGCCUAAACAUCUCCAACAAGGACUUCUAUCCUGCCUUCUUCAAGUCAAGCGUCAGCGUCCGGGCACUUCAAAAGAUAUUUGACAGGGGUAAGGAGGGCAUUCGAGGCUACUUCUGCAAGCCAGGUGCACCCCAGGUGCUUUUUGUAGCUGACGCCCCAGAAGGGGGUGACGAGCAUGGUCACCUGCAGCGUGACCUUUGCAAAUGCCGGCCACUGAUGGCCGUGCCUUCACACUGCAAGUUCUGAGAAGCCUGAACUGGACCGCUGUGCUGCACGAGGUGUCAUCAGUUAUGAAGGAAGGCGGCCACAACUUCAGCACAGCUGACUGGGUGAUGGCUUUUCAGGCGGCUCAGGAUGCUCGCAAUGAGUUGUGGACACUGACCAGUUUUCAAGAGCUGCUCAAGGGCUUUACCGAGAGAGUAGACCAACUGUCCGAACUCUUCACCUGGGGCCGCUCACGACCGAAUGGCACAUUGGCGAGAGUGAUUCAGGUGUCGCUGUGUGGUCGCAACAUGUCUUCUCUCCUGGACACAGAGCACGGCCCAGCCCAGCGUUUUGAGGAGUUCCGGGAACAGGUCAACAGGAACCUGCAGGAACAGAAUGAUGAGGAUGUGGUCUCGGAAUACGUCUACGACAACACCACCAGCCCUCGCUGCAAUGCCGUCUUCCGGAGCCUUGAACACA